GUGGUUGAAAUGGGAAAGUACUCAUUAGUAAGCAGUACCGGCACAUCUACAUUUAACUCUUUGGCAUACCGGGACAUUUUCUUGCGAACCAGCACUAGACAAGCUGCCCGUACACCUUUCUGCCCUCUCCACCAGCAGAGACUGAGUAUGAAAAAGAUUGGGGGCCACUACACACACCAACUUGGGAACAGCAUGUAAAUGGGGAGUGCUGGCACCAGUUCAUGCACUAGUCACAGUGCUGACAAAUGAAUGGUGGUAACUCUGGAGUGCAGGAUUGAUGGGCAGAGACUGCAUAGGGCACUCUGUAACACACUUUAAGAAAGACGGUAUAGAGGACAGUUGUAACACUUUUUAAAGAAGUGAUCAAUCCACCCAACCCCUGUAAGCCAUUGUUUAGCUGUAUUAGCAUAGUGGUCUGAAAUUAGCCGUGGGAAAAUGCAUCACAUGUUGAGAAACCACAAUUCAAUUGGUAGGGCCUACAAUUCGAUACUAAACAAAAUAUAAAACAUUUCAUUCAUACCUCAAAAUAAAUUUUUUCUGGCCUAUAUAUUCUGAUGGUGCCUGUUUCCAGCCAUGACAACCACCUUGCCUGAUCAGUCUUCCUUCAAGAGAAUAAGGUUAUUUAGCUGUGCAGUACUUGAUGAGGAGCUUAUGACAUAAUAGUAUGUCUAUUUUGAUGGUAUUUGUCUAUAUUUUAUAGCCAACAACCAUAAUAUUUCCAAGGCACUUGUAGCUUGCUAUGGUAUUGAAUUUGGGCGUUUAGGGAGACUUUUUAAAUUAUUUACUCAGUUGAAGGUAUUAGCUCUAUACAUUUACUGUAGAACUUGGAUUAGUAUAUUUUUGAAAAACAGUACCACACACAAACACUGAUAUGAAAAGCCAGCAGCUGAUUCCUGUAGUUUCACGAGUGGGUAAUAAUGUUGCGUUCAGGACCGCGGGGUUUCACGGUAAUUACUCUGCUUCAAUGGGUUUAACUAUGAGCCUCUAACCCGUGACGGUCAUGAGGGCUUUCUGCCCCUCUCUGCUCUAAAGCACACGGAAGCAAGAUAUUUGAGGAGGGUAAUCACACAGAGCUCCGAGGAACCAGUCUUUCUGAGAAGGCAUCCCAACCAGAGGAACUGUUCUCUGCAAUUGAAUUAUCCAAUUUGCUGGAUGUGGUGUAAUCGUACAGACGGAAUGCCUCGUGGAGACUUCAACAUUUAUUUUGCCAGCAGCAGACGAGGAUACAUCAGAGCAGAGGAGGCAGUGGGCAUAAUUCUUCUGGUGGUCAUCCUGGCAGCUCUCCUCAUCCUGGGCUGCUGGUACUUCAAGAAGAGGAGUGGCUACAAAAUAAUCAGGAACCCUCGAUCGGGUUCACCAGGUUUCACAAGAGGCCAGUACUCAGAGGCAGGACCAUCAGCAGAUAACAAGAUGGCUCUAACUGAUUUUGGCAGUUUCCUACCCGUGAUUCCCAAUGCUCCUCCAGCCUAUGAAAAGGUUUCCUCUGGACAGCUGCCUCCUCCCUAUUCCCCCUAAAGGACUUCUGUAGAAGAUGGACAGAUAUCUGAAGAAGAAAGGAAAAUACUGGACAACAAAACUGUAUCUGUUGUCUUAUAUGUAAUCUGAUGUCACUGUCAAUAUGGUUCCUUUUGUUUCGUAGCUAGAUAUACCAAAAGGUAAAACAAUUGUAUCCCUCACUGUUUAAAAUUAUUCACAUGAACGAACACAAUGUAUAUACUGGGGUUGUUUCAAUAAAGUAAAAAUGAUUUCACAA